CAAGGGCUGCAGCUUGGCAGAGAAACGGCAUUCCUUCCUCCUCUUCCAUGGUGCAGGCGCUGGAAUUCUACAGCGGAAUAGGCGGCCUUCACUGUGCUCUGACAAGAAGUCACGUCCCCGCAAGUGUUAUCCGUGCAUUUGACUGGGACCAGAACGCGUGCAGGAUAUACGGCAGGAAUUAUGGAGAGGGUAUCGUGCGUCGGGUAGAUAUAUCGACGUUGACAGCAGCAGAUUUAGGCGCUUUGGAUGCAGAACUAUGGCUCCUCUCUCCUGCCUGUCAACCGUAUACAAUGCUCAACCCGAAUGCGAAAGGGGCAGCAGAUCCUCGUGCCAAGUCGUUCUUGCAUCUCGUACAGACUGUCCUUCCAGAGUUGGCCCCAAUGCAAAGGCCGAGCCACUUACUGGUGGAGAAUGUCGCCGGGUUUGAGACUUCAAGCACGCGUCAAGUCCUUCUUGCUACCCUAGCCCGGAUGGAGUACUCUGUGCGGGAGUUUCUGUUAACACCGCUACAGUUUGGGAUACCGAAUUCGCGGUUAAGAUAUUACCUGCUUGCGAGAAGGGAGCCUUGGGCCGGCGGGGUGAAUGAGACCGUUCUGAGAGAGAUACCGGGACGGGUGGCGGGAGACAUCAAGAUGGUGAGGGAUUAUCUUGAUGAUGACGGGGAGGGGUAUGCGGUUUCGGAUAGGGUGCUAACCAAGUGGGGCAGGCUGUUCGACAUCGUCCUGCCUGGAGAUAGAAAGACAUGCUGCUUUACAAGUGGAUACACGCACCUCGUUGAGCGAGCUGGGUCUAUUUUGCAGAUGAACGAAGAGCUAGACACAACCAAGACGUUUGAUGAAUUCCUUCAAACUGCAGACCCAGCUAUUCUACGCCCCCUACGCUUGCGAUAUUUCACGCCCAGCGAGCUGCUUCGUAUAUCUGACUUUGACCCGUCGCUAUUCCAGUGGCCUGAUGAGGUGUCGAGGAAGACGAAAUAUCGGUUGAUAGGGAAUAGCGUGAAUGUGAGGGUUGUAGCAUCGUUAGUAGACCAUCUAUUUGAUUAGUUUCUGAUGGUCUAAUUAGUUAUCUCAAUCGUUUGUCCAUGCUCGCUCAAUGUUGCUAACAAGUCGCUGUCA